AUGAUGACGACUACGAUGAAGAUGGUAACUCAUCGCCAUGAGGUUCCCACGGGGAGUGUGAAGAUUCGAAGUGUCCAAUCUGGAAAAUAUUUGGCCGGUUCAUCACCGUACGACCGGGAACGUAGAACCAUCACUCUGGAGAGCUCCCCCGAGGAAUGGAGUCUGGUGAAGGACGGGUCGCACUAUCGGAUCACGCUGAAGAACGGCAACGAGGACUUGUACGCGUUCGAUAAGGCCGGCUACAAUCCGGAUUCGGGCCAGCGCGAGGUGUUCACCUGGAUUCCGGGGUUUGGCGAGAGCCAGGGCAGGUGGGAAGUCAAGGAAGCACCGGGGUACAGUGGAAUUUAUUACGUUCGGAAUUUACACUUUGACGAAUAUCUGUACACGUCGUGCUGUGAGAACAAGGCCUUGACUCGCAAAGGGUUUGGGGAGCCGGACGGAAAUUCGAUGUUUCUGUGGCAAGUUACUGCAUUUUGUCUACAUUUCACGAAAAAAGAUAACGUUCUGCACCAUGAAACCAGCACCCAAUCCGUUCACCGGAACGUCCCCCGCAAAGGAAAUGGUUAUGCACCGUCGGUUGCAAUUUUGGACUUCCUCCGCGGUUGCAUUCCGGGGCUGCGGGGGUAG